CAAAGCGGUGCUGUUACUAAGGAAGCGUACGCGGAUGAAUUUGCCAUAGUGUUGUGAGCCAACCUAAGGUGUUGCUUUUGAUCUUUCUGAUACAAAAUCUCUGCAUAUCGCUGAAACUAGGAGUGCCACCAGCAGAUGCUUAAAACAAUUGAAACUAUGAUCACAAGUUGCAUUCACAUUCACCAACGCCAUUAAGUAAAAGUUCUUAAUAAUUAACGCUUGAGUGUAAAUUAUUCAGAACCUUUCUCAAGUGACUUCGCAGUCAGGUAUCCAUUCAAACAUCCAAAUUUCUCUUUAAGGAAAGUAGUAGCAAUAUUCCACAAUGUUACAUUUUCCCUGUAAAGCCACAAAAAUGUCUCAGGAACUCCAGGACUGAGUUACCAAUAACUGGAGCUGUAACGUUAAGGAGAUGAGAAUGAACCUUCAAAAUGGUAGCUCGUCUCAGCCUCUGAAUGGUGUGUAUCCCUCGGGGACACUGAAUGCUGAAGAUCAGGUAGAGUUCGGCAGGAAGGAAAAUAGCAAGCAAGAGGACGCAGAUGCAGAAGGAUACAUGAGUGACAGGUAUCUGAAUGAAACCUUGAGGUUUCCUCCAGAUGAGACGGACCGUGGGGUCAUGACAAAAGAGAGGCCACAUUUACCAAGACCACCCCUUCUUCCAAAGCCUUCUGAGCAAUCAAGCCUGGGGACAAGAGCUUCGAAUGAAGAGAAACUGAGAAGGAGAAAGCUCAGAACCAGCCAGGACAGUCUAACUGACCCAACGGGGACUGGGUCUUCAACAGACUCCCUUCAGGAUGAAAAAUCUGGCCAUUCUUUAUUGAACAGCAUCUUUGCUCUUCAGGACAGGCAGGCAUCAUUGGGCAAUGAUCAGAAUAGCUCCACAGAGCUCCUGCUCCGUAAAUCCAGGAACAUAAGCAGCAGCCAUUCUGAUCCUGGGAAGAGGUCCUCCUGUCACACUCUUCCCCUUAAGGGGGACACCCAACACCAGAUUAUCAUGUCUUCAAAGACAAAGCUGUCACCUCUGCAACAUCCUGGAUCUUUACCCCCCGUAGGAGUCAACAUGGCUUCCACUUCCUUAAGGACAGCUAAUAGGAUAGAUCAGGAUUGUGUGGAUUAUGCUGUGAUAGGAAAGAGGGGAUACGAGAGGCAGCACAGCAGCCUCAGCGAAUACAGGCUCUUGGACAGUAUGGUGUCAGACAACACUUCAUUGAGCUCCAUGAAGUCUACACUCAGUGUGCUAAAUCCCAUUCGACCCAAGGAUGUACGGAAUAGGAGCUUUCUGGAAGGCAGUGUUCUUGGUCAUGGUGCACUUCUUGGAGCUGAAGAGUUGGAUCGCUAUUUCCCUGAUAGGAGAGUGGGAAUAUACAUUGCCACAUGGAACAUGCAAGGAAAAAAGGAACUUCCUGCUAAUUUGGAUGAUCUGUUGCUACCAGCUGACUCUGAGUUUGCCCAAGACAUCUAUUUUAUUGGUGUUCAGGAAGGCUGCUCAGACAGGAGGGAAUGGGAAAUCCGGCUACAGGAGACCCUGGGACCCUAUUAUGUCAUGCUGUAUGCAGCUGCACAUGGUGUCCUGUACCUCACUGUCUUCAUCAGGAGAGAUCUCAUCUGGUUCUGUUCAGAAGUUGAACAUGCCACAGUAACAACUCGCAUCAUCUCUCAGAUCAAAACCAAAGGAGCAUUAGGAAUUGGGUUUACAUUUUUUGGCACAUCUUUCCUCUUCAUCACCUCCCACUUCACCUCUGGAGACUCCAAAGUAUACGAGAGGAUUCUAGACUACAACAAGAUCAUUGAAGCAUUAGCACUUCCUAGAGACCUGCCUGAUACAAACCCUUACCGGUCAAGCUCAUCUGACGUUACUACCCGAUUUGAUGAGGUUUUCUGGUUUGGGGACUUCAAUUUCCGACUGAAUGAGGACCGCACAGGUGUGGAGUCAAUACUGAAACAGGAUCUGGGCUCAGACAUGAGCAGACUGCUGCAGUAUGAUCAGCUCUCCAAAGAAAUGAAAGACGGUUCCAUUUUCAAAGGUUUUGAAGAGGCACCUAUUCAAUUUCUCCCAACUUACAAGUUUGACAUCGGUUGUGACACUUAUGAUAGCACUGCAAAGCAAAGAACACCAUCAUACACGUUUGUUCUCUACUUUACUUGUAAGGAUCGAGUUUUGUACAGAAGUCGACAGAAAGAUGACAUCAAAGUUAUGAAGUAUGCCUGCUGCCCUACAAUCAAAACAUCAGAUCACAGACCUGUGUAUGCUGUUUUCCAGGUUAAAGUGAGGCCAGGUAGAGACAACAUUCCUUUGGGUGCUGGUCAGUUUGACAGAAACCUUUAUUUAGAAGGUAUCAGAAGGAGGAUUACCAGGGAACUUCAAAGAAAGGAGGCUUUAAAAAAUCAGAAGAACAGUGUUGUCUGCUCUGUCUCCUGAGUGAAAGCUGACGCUAACACUGCAUGGUGGAAUGUGCACUUUCAUAUGAAGAAUGCCUCUUUUCCUUCAGUUGUACAAAAGGGGGCCAGGAGAGGUCAAAACACUCUUUACCUCAGCACUUGGCAGAGCUGAACUGGGUUAUCUUAUGUUAGUACAGGUCCUGUAAAUCAAAUUUUACAUAAAGCAGAGACUGGUCUAUUUUUAUACUGUUCCUUAAUCUCUAAAGGAGGUUAAAUUUUUCAUUUAAUCUUUGGAUUUAAUAUUCUUUAAUAACUACAGUUUAUAACUUUAUUUUAAAUGUAUAUACAGAUAUAUUGUCAUAUUUGGUUUUUGUAAAACUGCAUUUAACAAGCUGUUGGGUUCAGUUUGUACAGUUUGUAUAUAUAAUGAGUAUCCUUUUUAGCUUUUUUUAUACAACAGUAUUAUGAAUUUUUAUAUGGUAUUGGCCAAAUUAGUUUUACUAAAAUGUCCAGAUUAUUGAUCCAGUACAGUUUCUUAAUGUUACUCUCAUCUGAAAAACGUGCUUAAUGGUUGCAAAUAUAGCUCGUCAUGUUCUCUCAGAUCAGUGUGGCAUUAACAAUUGUGGAAAUGGAGAGCAGUUCCGUGUAUUUUGAAAGGUUCUGAGCUUUUCAGGAAAGACCUUACAGGAAUUUUGUAGUAUGUUAAUACAUUUGGUUUAUAAAGAAUUUUAAUUUUGUUGUAAUUUAUUUUAAUGGUUUAAUUUAAUAUCAUUCCAGAACUGCAAUAUUAGUGAUAAUUUAAUUGUUUUGGAGUAGGAACAAU